CAUCGUCGAGUGGCCAGUGAAUGUUCUGAUACCAGAAGCGAGAGUAACAAACAAGAGAGGUAGAAAGAGAGAGAGAUAUACUUCCUUACUUCUUCUUGCUCAGAAAAUUGUGAGUUGUUUUGGUGGUUAUACCAUCCUUUUCUGUGUUGGGGCCACCUGUCUCUCUCAAGGGCUACGAGAAAUUCUGUCACGUCGCUUUUGAAAUCAGAUGUCUCUCUCCGAUCACAGAAGACAGUAAGGAUUUCGAGAGGUGCAAGGCAUCAACAAGGAAACUGUUUAUAAAAUGAAGCUGAAGAGCGGCCACGAAAGCGUCCACUUACAAGGACCCGAAAUGCAGAAGCAGGUCAAAGAUUUCCCGGGCUACGAAAAUGGUUUAGUGCGACUGCAUCCCGGUAGAUGGCUCUAUCCGACUAAUUUCGAGAAAUUUGCAAAUGGACUCUAUAAUUUCAAGUUCAAAAGCAGCGACGUGGUCGUCAUGACGUGGCCGAAAUGUGGAACUACCUGGACCCAGGAGAUCGUCUGGACGAUGAGAAGUAACCCAGACUUAAAUCAUCCCGAUGCUCAUAUGGAUGUUCGACAUAGGUCUCCGUUUAUCGACUCGGACAUGCUCAAGCCCAUCCCAUCGAAGAACGACACAACUUCGAAGAAUCCUUUCCUAGCUAACUUCCGCAACAAAUGUCCCGACAAGGAUCCUGCAGACGGGAUAGUCUUGCAAUUGGCCGCAGUGUUCCCAGAUCCUAGGACCAUCAAAACUCACCUGCCUCUCUCCCUGAUGCCUCCCUCAUUGCUAGACACCGCCAAAGUUGUGUACGUUGCAAGGAACCCGAAGGACGUCAUUGUAUCCUACCACCAUCACAGCAGGGUCAUAAAAAGUCACGACUUCGUAGGAUCCCUUGACGAUUUCGUCCAAUACUUCGUCGAUGAUGACCUGCUGUACGGACCCUACUGGCUUCACCUGAAGGAGGCGUGGGACAAGAGAGAACAUCCGAAUCUCCACUUCCUCUUCUACGAGGACCUGAAGGAGAACACCCUGGAGGAGCUCAGGAAACUCGACACUUUCCUCGAGACCAACCUGACGGAGGCGCAGCUGGAGGCCAUAAUCAAGUACACGUCCUUCGGGGAGAUGAAGGCGAGGGACGAGAUAUGCCAGAAGCAAUCGGAGUGGUCUAAAGUGAGCAGGAAUCUUGAAGUUGUUGAAAAGGAAGGAGGCCUUUUUAGAAAAGGUGAAGCCGGAGACUGGAAGAAUAAACUAACGACCGAGCAAGGGAGAAAGGUCGACAGAUGGACAGAGGCGAAUUUAUCUGGCUUAGGAAUAAACUUCAAAUAUGGACUUAAGAUUAAUUAAAGAAUUUGCUUGAAGGAAUAAACAGUCUUCAAUGAGACAGCGGUUCUAGACGCCAAAACUCGAACUAAUCAAAAGAGUCAACACGCCUUUUCUUUAUUAGAACUGGAGGAAUAUAAAUUCGAAUAUUAUGAGUUACAAAGUAAUGAAUUUUGUGUAUUCUGUAUCCAGUAAUAUCAAGUCGUUAUAAAUUCAGAGAAGAGAAACUUUUCAGUUCCAAGAAUGAAUAUUCUCGACGAGUGGUUUCUGGGGGUAUUCAAGCAAUUUCAAAAGAAAUAAAUGAAAAUAAGCUUUAGAUUAAAAUGAAAUAUGAGUCAUUCCCACUAAUAAUCUACAUUACUCACUAAUAAUACAUUACUGGAAUAUAUCUAUAUCAAUACAGCCUCUUGAAAUAGAAACAUGGAAUGUAUCAAUACUGCUUCUAGGAGAGCCGAAAAUAAACUUUCUUUGGAUAAAUACUAAAUAAACAAGAAACCAAAUCUGA